AUGGUAACGAAACGCCUGUUUGUCGUAAUUAACAGCAGGAGCGGGGGCAAGAAUUUUCAAGCUGUCAAACGCCGUUGGGAGGAGGUCAAGCGUACUUUACUUGCAGCCGAGCCUUCUCUAGAAAUAGAGGAGUUCUGGACCCAGUUUCCUGAUGACCUGCCAACCCGAGCUGCCGUGUUUGCGCCGAGCGAGCCCCUGGCAGUCCUCUGUGUCGGUGGUGACGGUACUUUCCACCAGGUCGCAAACGUUUUGUAUGGAACAGAAGUACCUUUGGGUAUCAUUCCGCUGGGCACGGGAAACGGACUCGCCGCUUCGUUCGGUGUCGUUGAUGCUUUGGAGGCCGCCCGGCGUAUAGGGACGCUCUUGCACCAGUGCACGUCACGUGGCGAGCUCUGUGGGGUUUGCGAGCGCCUAGACGCCUUUCACUACGAGAUUACGGAUGUUUCUGCGAAAUCCUGGGCGAAAGAAACGGAGUCUUAUCGAGAGCGCCGUUGUUGUGGUUGUCUGCGGUUCAGGAGGCGUCCAAAGGCUGUCUCUUCCGAGAACACUCCGCUCCUAACUCGUUCCAACUCCGGUGAAGAGGCUGAUGAGGCGGACUCUGUUUCCACAGAGUCGUCACGUAUGACUUCGCGAUCGUCUUUGAACGGUCGUUCCAAUGGGUAUGCGUUCCUUUCGCUGACGAUAGGUUUGGUGGCGGACCUUGACAUCCGAACGGAGCGGAUGCGCUGCCUGGGACAGAUUCGUUUCAACAUCGGAGCUGGCUGGUAUAUUCUUCGUAAGCGCGUCUUCUCUGCUGCGAUUGAGUAUCGCCACGUGAUUCGUGAUUCGCAAUCCGAAAUGGGAUGGCGAACUGCAGAUGAACUCACGGAAACAAUUGCACAACGCGAGUAUGUGCUCAUUGUGAUUAUGAACGUUACCCACGCUUCGCCACAGGCACAGUUCGCUCCGUUGGCGAACGCGCACGACGCCUGCAUGGAUGUGCUGUUGGUGCCUGCCGGUGUAUCAAGGCUCCGACUGGCCCAGUUCAUGUUCCAGUUGGAGUCAGGACAGCACAUCCACGAUCAAUCGUGCCGAUAUUUCAAGUGCUCGUGGAUACGCAUCAAGCUUGAUCCACCGCAACUUGUAUCUCUCGACGGAGAAGCGUAUCAUCGAGCGCGCUCUGUGGUGCUUGAACAGGGCGGCGACCAUGUCCCAGUGAUUGUUGGUGUCUGA